CCACUGAGGUUACAACUUAAAGCAAAAACGCCUACGACAAGGUUACCCCUCUCUGCAAUAAAAAGAAAAAGACAAGGUUACCCCUCUCCGUACGCCUUAUCUCCUUGAACGCAGAAGACUUGGACCUAGCCAUUUUUCCCAAGCACCAAUAAGAAGGCUGCUGCAGAUGACGAUCGGUGCUACCACCGGUGACCAUGGUUAUGAUCGAGCGACGGCGGUGAAGGAAUUCGACGAGUCCAAGAUCGGAGUUAAGGGCCUUGUGGACUCCGGCGCCACCACCAUCCCUCCUUUCUUCAUCCACCCACCCGAAACCCUCACCAACUCCACCCCCUCCACCCGUUCCACCGCCCCUCCCGCCUCGGAUCUAAUCCCUGUCGUUGAUCUAACCGGCGUCGAUUCCGACCGUCGAUCACGCAUCGUGGAACAAAUCCGAUAUGCUUCUAAAGAGUUCGGCUUCUUCCAUGUCAUCAACCAUGGCGUCCCUUCCGACGUUAUCAACCGCACGAUCGAAGCCAUCAGAGCCUUUAACGAGCAGCCGACGGAGGUGAAGUCGCAGCACUAUACACGGGAGAUGGGUCGUGGCGUGUCCUUCUCUACCAAUUUCGAUCUCUUCAAAUCCAAAGCCGCCAGCUGGAGGGACACGAUUCAAAUGAGGUUGGGCCCUGUUCCUCCCGACUUCGAGCAUAUUCCGGAGAUAUUCCGGCGAGAGGUGCUGGAGUGGGACCAACACGUAAGACGGGUGGGAGAGGUUCUGAUGGAGAUUCUGUCGGAAGGGUUGGGUGUGACGCCGGAGAGAUUGAAGGAGCUAUCGUGUUUGGAAGGGAGGCUGAUGGCUGCACACUACUACCCAUUCUGCCCUCAACCUGAUCUGACUCUGGGGAUUACGCCUCACACCGAUCCGGGAGUGUUGACGAUGCUGUUGCAGAACCAUAUCGGCGGGUUGCAGGUGAAAUACGGUGAUGAGUGGUUGGAAGCGAAACCUGUGCCUGAUGCUCUUGUCAUCAACAUCGGCGACAUUCUCCAGAUGAUAUCGAACGAUGAAUACAAAAGCGUAGAACAUCGAGUAUUAGCGAAUCCUCACCGGGAGUCACGAAUCUCGAUUGCCAUUUUCUUGAAUCCAGGUAAGAGGGAGGACUUGUAUGGCCCUUUGCCGGAGUUAACAUCGCCGGAGAAACCAGCACUGUUCCAGCAUUUUACCCUGAUCGAAUGUAUGAAAAGGUUCUUCACCAAGGAGCUGGAUGGCAAGUCAAUGGUAAAUUUCUUCAGAUUGUGAAGGAGAACGAUCGUUUCAUGGAUGAACAAUGUAAAUUAAGAAUACUUUGAAAAGUUCCCAGUUUCAAUGGACGAUUGAGCGAUAUAAAAUUAUAAUUCGAAUUGAACGGUUUUGUAAUCCAA